GGUGACUUUCCUUCUGCCUCGAAAGACGCCGGCCCCUGCCGGGGAAGGGGCAAACGUUCCUCUGAAACGCGGGCACCUCCUGCCUCUCCGCUGCCGUGGGGGUCCGGUUCAGAACUGCAUCCGCCCAAAGCCUUGGGGAGGUUUUAUCGCCUCUGCUGCUGGCGGUGGAAGGUUCCAGAAAUGGCCCGGCCCAAAUCAGGUGCUGGAGGAGGCUCUUCUGUCAGGCCGGGGACACCAGCGUCAAGUCCAAGAGGACGCGUCGUCCAGUAAAGAGCAAGGGGGGUAGAGGGGCGUGCCCAGGCCAGCCGGCGUCUGAGGACGGACUGAGCCAUGCUCCGGCGAGGGCGUGGAUGCCCGAUUGCCACAGAUAGCCAGCAAAGUGGGGGUGGAAGGCCCACAGCAGCAACAAGCGAGGUCGAGCGGAGACGCGAGAAGCCUCGGCCGGGCCGGGAGGGGGCAUCUUCUUCCCGCGGAGCGCUCGGGGUUCCCUCCGCAGGCCACGGCAGGGCGGCCACGGCGCAGCAACUCCCAGCUAUAAAAGGGGGCAAGCGCGUCCCUUCGAUCUCUGGGAAACACGCCAUUCCGACAGACUCUCGGCUUGGUUGGCUCCGAGGCGCGUCCUCGGUGGAAACGAAGAUGCGCACCGCGAAGAGGCUCCGGUUCUCCUCGCUGCUGUUGCUGCUGCUGCUGCUGCUGCUGUUGCGGGCCGCCCGGAGAGCUUGCGCAACGGACGACGAGGAGUCCCACGCAGGUCUUCCUGGCCACAAAGACCAUCACUGGAGCUAUAGAGAUAUGCCAGAGUGGGCAUCCAUGUUUCCCAACUGCAGGGGUCACAUGCAAUCUCCCAUCAACAUCGACACAGCAGCUGCCAGCUUCAGCUCCAAGCUGAAGCCUCUCCUACUGUCUGGCCACAAUGUGCCUCCCAAAGAGACGCUUCCCCUGAAGAACAACGGUCACACUCUUCUUCUAGGCCUGCCCAAGAAAAUGACACUCAGUGGUGGUGGCUUCCCACAGCCAUACCAAGCGGUCCAAUUGCACCUGCACUGGGGAACUGGGCACACCAGGCCUGGCUCUGAACACACAGUGGAUGGGCACCGUUACACUGGUGAGAUUCAUGUGGUCCAUUACAGCUCCCAUUUUGACAGUUAUCAGGAGGCUGCAAGUGAGCCAGGAGGGUUGGCUGUGCUGGCUGCGUUCCUGCAGGUUGGGUUGGAAACAAAUGAACCCUAUCAGCACAUCCUCAAACAUCUGAAUAAUAUCAAGGAAGAAGGAGAGGAAACCGUAGUCGCUGGCUUUGAUGUAGCCAAGCUGCUCCCUGACAACUUUGAUCGCUAUUUCCGCUACAAUGGCUCAUUGACCACCCCACCUUGCUAUCAGACGGUGAACUGGACAGUCUUUAAUCAGACGGUUCGGCUCUCCCAAGAUCAGAUCUCAGUGCUGGAGGAUACCCUUCAAGGAGAUGAUGAUGAGCCUAUUCAGAGUAACUUCCGCCUGCCACAGGGUCUUUAUGGCCGGAGCAUCCUUUCAAGUUUUCACAGCCUUGAAAGGGUUCAGCCACCUGGUGGAGGGCCUUCGGAGGGAGGCGACCAGCCAGAACCUGGAGCAGGCAGAGGUCUCCCCUCUUCUGUGCCAGACAGCACCCCAAGAGAAGGCUCUGACCCGACUUCUGGAAAAGGUGCUGAGAAGCAGGUGGGCUCCUCCCUUCACACAGGUAAGACUGCCUGGGCAGCAGAAUGGGCACUCCCUGCUCGCCAACUGGGCCACGUUGGCGGGGGCCGCAGUCUCAAAACAUUUCAAGCGCUACAGUAUGCCAACGUCGUAAGGCCCGCUGGUGGUCUCCUCACUCACUCCCUGGUGAGAUUUAUCACACCACAUUUUUUGGCAGGGGACAUUCUGGCGAUUCUCUUUGGAUCUCUCUUUGCUGUCACAGCACUCGCCUUCCUCUUCUACAUGCACAAGCACCGGAGCCAAACACCCAGGCUCAGGGCCCAGGCCACAAAGCUGACUGCUGUCUACACACCCGCCACCACUGAUGAGAACGUGCUUUAGUCUGCAGCCCAGCGCCUAUUCUCCAUGUCUUGAAACCUCUGGC